UUUUUCAAAAACCAAUCUCCAUUGCGUGGCUUGGGGCAGGCGAAAAAAAGAAACUUUUCGAAACGAAAGCUAUCCGAAGCGAAUAGAAUCGAAUCGAAUCGAAUCGUAUCGUAUCGAAUCGAAAAACGUAACGUAAACUCUAAGAAAAUCUGCCAAGCAUAACUCUCGAGCACUGCCUACCACGCCCCCCCGUAACCAACCGUGUGUCCUCGCCCACAUGCGAAAAUAACCGUUACACGGCAAUUGAUGCUGCGCUCUGCGAAGAAUAUCUCCCGAGUAUAUAAUACAUAUUUACAUAUUUUGCACAUAGUGUAGAUUUCUUAAUUCAUUUAUUAUGUGAGCAACCCAAACCCCCUUAAUGAAAGAAAUUUAAGAAAAGAAAAGUAAAAGCCAAAACCAAAAUCAAUUCAACGAAGAAAACGAAUUUCAAAAAUGUCCAAUUUCAAGGUUACUGUGCACCACCAACACCCUCACCACCACCACCACUAAUUGCAACAAUAGCAGUAAUAAUAUGCAAAUGAAAUAAAAUCGAAUUAAACGGAGUCGGAAACGGAAACGGAGUGUGAAAGUACGAGUCAAGUACGAGUCGCGAAUGAAUCAGUUUUAGCCUUAAAUCGUUAACAAAACAAUACAGUGUCUUGGCCGACUGGGAUUAAGGCCGGGAUUAAUGCCGCUGAAUGCAGGGAUCGGAUCUGGGCAGCAACUGAAGCUGGAGCGGCAACGGCGAGAACAAGAUCAGGAUCAGGAUAAGGAUCAGGAUCGAAAGGAUCGCCAGGAUAGGCGGGUGCUGGAACGGGAGCCGCAGCUGGAGCUAAAGCUGAAGCUGGAGAAGGAGCUGGAGCUGGAUCCGGAUCAGAACCGAACAAGUCCGCAGCCCACACUACUACUGAUGAUGAUGGGGCCAUGAGCCCAUCAUUACUCGCAUUGAAUUGGAGUCGCAAGCGCGUCUCAAGCGGGCCUGCACCAUGCUAGCACCGCCGAACCCGAGGUCAAUAUGCGGCCAGGACCCGGGCUGGUCGUGAUGGCGCUUGCGUUUAUUUCGGGGGCUCGGCGUGGCAGCAGCAGCAGCAUCAGCUCAACACUAGCAGCAACAGCAGCACCAACAACAUCGGCGGCAGCAGCAGCAGCAGCAGCAGCAACAUCAGCAGCAGCAGCAACAACACUCGGAGCAACUGCAGCAGGAGUAACUAGCGAUACUGCAGCAGGUCUAGCGGGCGGAGGAGGGAGGGGAAGAGGCAGAGAAAGGGGAGGAGUAGCAGGAGGAGGAGGAGGUGGAGGAGGCGGCGGAGGAGGAGGAGUUGCAGCAACGUUACCGUCCACUGGCGUAUCGUCGUCAUUCGUUCGCAGCUCUGGCUCAUACCUGCUGCCCAUCUUCCUGCCCCCUCAUCUCGAGUUCGCGCUUCAGUUUCCCAUUCAAGACCACGCCCACGAAUCGCCAGUCGCCGCCACCAGGAUUGGAGGAGAUCGGCAUCAGCGACGGCGACGACGCGACAGUAGUAGCAGCAGCAGCAGUAGUACCAGAGACAUUGCAGGACGGGCAGGCGGAACAGGAACCGGAAUCGAAAUCGGAAACAGAGCAGAGUCAGGUACGGGAGCAGGUGCCGGGGACAAGGGUGCGGUAACAGGAGCAACACCAGCCACCGAGUCCAGUGAAGGCAACAACGAGGAGGAAGACCAAAAUCUCGAGGCUCCGGAAGAGAGCGGCCUGCCCGUGCAGUUCCCAUCGUCGCAGGCCUUCGACGAGGACGAGGACAUCUUUGCCCUGGUCGCUGAGGACGAUCUGCUGUCCGAGGAGUCCUUUGAUCGCCUGAUAAAGCUCAGUGAAGACGCCGACGAGGAGGACUACAACCAACAACAGCAGCAGCAGCAGGAGCAACAUCAUCGGCAGCCACACGAAACGGAAACGGAAUUAGAUACGGAGGCGGAGACCGAAACAGAAGCGGAAGUGGAAGCAGAAUCGGAAACGGAAACCGAACAGCAGCAGCAGGACGAGAGUCGUCUGAUUGAUGAGAGUGUCCUGCAGCACAACGAUAACAGGAACAUCCAACCGGAGCAGUUCCCCGCCAGCAACAGUAACAGUAACGAUAAUAGUAACAAUAACAAACGAGAGGCCAGCGACCACAUCCUUGAUGCCCAGACGGCCCAGCUGAUUGGUCACCAGGAUAACAGCUUGUCCGCCGUGGCCACCACCGAGUCAGCAGGUGCCGGCAACGCCACUACCAACACAUCCUUGCCAGCACCCGUGGAUCUCAAGAAGUCCAUACUCGGCACUGCUAGCUCGUUAACACGCCUUAAUCCUUGGAUAUCAGCCUGUGAUCUGGCACAGCCGGGCACAGCAACCGACUUGCAGGGUCAGUGCUCGGCUGGUACACUGCCCAUGGCCUGGGUCGAUGAGGGACCCGGGCCCCCAGCCUGCCCCCGAUCCUGCGCCGAACAGCAGCAGCAACCCCAGCAGCAGCCCAGAACCUCCAAAACGAAACGGAGCGCCACCAAUAACAAUAAAGUCAAGUAUUUCGUAAACUAUAAGACAAGUCAGAUGCGUUUGAGCAGCAGGAGCAGAAGCAGUAGCAUCAGCAGCAGCAGUCGAGUGCGUCGGGAGAGGGAAGGCUAUUAUACGGAGGAUAGUCCUUCGGCUCCCAGCACCAUCGACGAUCUGGAUGUGGGCGACAGUUCCACCUCUGCCGGCAGCACAACCACCUUAACCACUAUUCCAGAGGCGGCGGUGGAGCCCACGCCCUCCUACAGUCAUUUGCACGCCCAGGAGGGCAUUCACCAGCAGAUGGAUCACGUGGAGAUGGAGGAAGAGGAGGAACAGGAGCAACAACAACAGUGCCUUGAAUAUCUGGGCGAUUCCGCCGAGUCGAGUCCGCAGCAUCUGUGCGGUCUCCGGUCGCCCGGCCAGCUACUGGAGCGUCUGCAGACGCUGCGGCUGCGCAACUGCUGCGAGCGAAGUGUCUUCAGUGCCCUGCACACCCUCGCCCUCAACGCCAGCCUGACGGACCAGACCGAGUGCCUCCGCAUCCUGAACGAUCUGCUGGACGUGGACGGGCUGGCCAAUCGCAUCACCUGCGAACUGGCCGAGAUCCUGUUCCGCUUCGACUGCCGGCAGGUGUACUCGCUGAUCAACCAGUGCGAUGACUGCAAGGAGGCAUAUCGUCGCUGGGUCUGCAGCACACUGGUGCCAUAUUUCGCCGAACCGAAGGAUGUUAAGUCGGCCGACGAGGCUGCCACCAAAUCGGCAGCAGCCAAGGCAAAGGCAAAAGCGGCGGCAGCUGCCAGCACGGCGGCAGCAUCGAUGGCCGGGAAGAGCAAGCGUUCGGCGCGAAGCACUGCAGCCGGCGGAAUCAGAUCAGAGCAUAAAUCUCUGAAAUUAAUCAGCAAUAACAAUAAAUCAAAUAACGGCAAUAACAUGAACGAGCGUCAGAUUAAUCAGGAGCAUGACAAGAGCUCGAACGCGAACUCGAACUCGAACGCGAACAAGGACAAUGACCACAGCGACGAGGAGGCGAUAGGCACUGACUUGGCUCAGACAUUCUACGAUGUGGUUGGCCUCUCCAAGUUGCCGGGCGUUGAGGAUGAGGGCGAUGGCGAGGAUGCCGACGAGCCACAACCAGAUGUCGGUGCCGAGUCCGAUUCUGAUUCUGAAUCCGCAUCCGAGAUUGAGAUGGAGGGCGAGAUGGACACGGACACGGAUACUGAUACGGAGGCUGUGGCCAAACAACAAUCCAAUAAUUUCAUAUCGACUGCCAAUAAUUCGGAUCCCAGAGCCACGGAUCCAGUGAUAUCAAAACUACAGAAGAGAUCAACACGCAAGGCAGAGUUCCGUAAGCGCCGCCGUAUCCGGCCCUGCCUGAGCGUCUGCCAAACCGUGGAACAAAAGUGCCCCUACCUGCUGCCCGCCGAUCGCGCCCCCGCGCUGCCCACCCAAUAUGCCGGCGAGCCGACAUUUCUCUGCCUAGAUCAAAACAUACCCGAAACCGGGGCACAGCUGGAAAAGUCAAGUUACGGCCCCAACGACUGCUGCUACAGCUACUGCAACGGACCGGCGGAUGGCAUCUGCACCGUGUGCCAGGACUUUGCCCAAACCAGGACGGCAGGAGGCGACCCCGCGGCCAACUCCACACGUCGAAUCCACAACAUCACGCUCUCCCUGAGCUCGCAUCCCGGUGAGCAUGCCCGGGCCAAGAGCGUGGCCCUGGCCCUUCGGAACGUCAGCCAGUCUGGCGGUCAUCCGGAUGCUGUGGAAACGCUUCUCCAAAGAUUGCCCUACUACGCCCGACAUGAUGGGGUCUUCUACUACGACGACGAGGGCGACAUGCCGCAGGAGCCGCUGUCCGGAGACUGUGCCGCCGUGCCCUCCGUCUCCAGCCGCUGUACGAUACCGUACUAUGCCUCCGGCACGGAGGCGGUGGCGUUGCCGCCCACGCAACUGCUGGUGUGGCUGAGCGCUCUGCUCGGGCUACUGGGCAGCUGUGGGGCGGCCCGGCAGCGGUGGUGGAGCUGCCAGUGGUGGGGCGUUGAUGGCGUGCAACGAAAUCGCAGCCGGGAGGUCACCUGCGGGGACAACUGCCACGAACAGGAGCUGAUCCGGAUCCGUUUCCGGAACAGGGGCAAGCAGGAGCGGUUGCGAGUGGCAGCACCGAAGAAAUCACACACCGAGAGAUCAGAAGUAGAAAGGAUAAUUCUCGCCUCAAAUGCCUGGCUAUGGCACACAUAUAAACUAACGUAUAGGAAAGUACGGUAUUUUAGCAGUAGCCGAAGUAAGUUUAAAGGCGAGCCUAGACCUAGUCGUAUACCUAACUAUAGAGACUUACAUUCAAUGAGGGCAGUGCGAGCGGUACGAGCGGUUCGAGCGGUACGGACGGUACGAGCCGGCAUCCAAAUUCAAUGGGGGUGGGGGACAAAGAGAUCGAAGGGGGUGCCAGAGGGUGAAAAGGGCGGAAAAAAGGGCGGGUCAAAGGGGGCCUGCGGCAUGGGGGUGCUGAGGGAGGGCGGAUGCAUUAGGACUAGGAACUAUCGCUAUUUCUACUACUACAACUACAACAUAAACGAUUGGUGGCGAAGAUGGUGGUGGUGGCGGCGAUGUGGCGCCUUAUAGUGCCUGCAAAAUAAAUGCAGCCAGAGUGGCAAAGAAAUUAAAAUAAAUACCAAAAGAUACACGAUGACAAUGGCACUUUGUUGCCAGGACUCUACCGCUCUCCUUAGUGGAUAUGACACGAUAAAAAAUUAAAUAAAUAAUAGCCAAAUCAGAAACGAUACAUAAUAGAUGUGGCAAAGAAAUAAAUGAAAAACGAAAACCAAAAAACCAACAAACAAGACACAUAGAGACAGACACACACAGAGAUCCGUGGAAACAUACAGUUUAAACCGAAAACCGAAAACAGAAAACCACUUAAAUAUUUAUGGUCCUCUUUCAAAUGAAAUAAAAACAAGCAUAAAUUAAUUAUAAAUCUCUAUUGAACAAAACCAAAAUAGCAUAUUUUAUUACAACUAGAAAAAAGAAUAUGAAUAUUUAAUUAAAAUAAAAGCAACUGCCACAAGAAUAGGUUUUUUAGAUAAACGAUAACGGAAAUACAAACAAAAAAAAAACCAAAAAACAUUUAAUAAAAAACAAAACAAAAACGAUACAACUAAAAAAUAUAAAAAAUGGGGAAAUCGAAAGGAUUAUAUAAUUAGUUAUUAAUUUAAUUACUGGCGAACAAAAGAGUUUAGGUUAGCUAAAACGAAAAAACGAAAAAAAAAACCAAAAAACAUAAAACUGAAAGUGAAGAAAUGGAAGAAAAAAUAAAAUCCAAAAUUUAUUAGACUUAAUUUGUAAACGAUUAGAGAGUCUAAACAAAAAAGAAAUAAAUUUCAGCCAUAAACGACGUAUAGGCCGCGUAUCAACCACCUCUCAAAGAAAAAGUACAUAAAUUAAAUGAAAAAGCGAAACGUGAACUUUACUUAAAUUAGUUUAACAAAAAAAGAAAAAUGAAAAUACUAGGCAUAUACAUGUAUUAUGAACUAUAGUCGUGGUGGACGUGAUUUAAGGACAAUUAAAUCAAUUCAAGUGGCCCGCAAAGUGUCUAAACAAUGUCUUUAUUUAGUUCGAAUAACAAAAGAAAAAUUAAUAUUUGUAUAAUCCAAACCGAAAAGGUAAAACGAGAGCCAAAAUUGAAAAGCGAGAAGCGAAUGGAGAUGGGUAUAUAAAGCGCACAGUAAAAAACGUAUCUAUAAGAUUCAUCGACCGCCAUAGUAAAGGGACUUUAGCGAAUAUAUUCGGAUUCGGGUAAAAAAAAAAAACAUUAAAAAAUGGAAGCAUUAACAGCAUUACAUACACAUAUAUACAACCAUGCGACACACCCUUAAAAAAAACGAUAUAUACAUGAUUAUAUUGUAUAUGUACGAUAGUUAUAGUCGAUGAGAAAAAUGUGCAACGUAAACCGAAAUAUAAGUUAAUGACGAGGAGGCGAUAGUAACAGAAAGAACAACAACAAUAUACCUACUAUAUAAAUACUAACAAUGAAUAAUAAUACUUUUUGUAAUAAAGUGAACUCUAUGUAGCAUAUACAUAUAUAUUAAUUAUAUAUAUGAAAUAUAUAUAUUUAUAUAAUAUAUAUUGUCUUAACAACUUAUCGUACAUAACUUGCAAAUGAAGAGAGAAGAGUUAGAACCGAAAACCGAAAACAAAUGAAAAGCUAUGAGUAAACCAGAAACGAGAAAAGCCUAAAGGAAAAACCAAAAACCAGACAACUUAAUUAAUUAAGAAAUAUUCAAAUAAAUAGUCGUAUUUGGUAUCAACUAAUUAACUAUUAACAUAAGUACUAAACAAUUUGAGAGAACCCUCUGAUAGAGCACAGUCACUCCAUUCACUCACUCACCGACACCGACUCACUCUCACAGGAUUGUAAGGACACCAAACGUUGAGCACUCCUCCUAAAUGAUUCAGUUGGCGCUUCUUUCCCCACCCACCUGUCACUUCACCUGUCUUCUAUUCCUUCUAUUCCAUCCCCCCACACCUCUCACUUCUUAAUUUCUUCUGGUAUUCCAGUUUUGUUCGAUUUUUUUCUCUGAUAUCCUUCAUCCUUCGAACGGUUUAACCCACUGCAGGCAGUGUUAGAGUUACCAACAAAAAUUAUACAACUUUAUGAGUCUAUUAGAACAACUUUCCGAAACACUUCCAAAACAUGUACUUCUCUUUUCCUUUCCAAAAAAAAAAAUAUACAAAUUUUUGCAUUUGCAAAACUGACGAAAUUACUUUAGGUGACGAGAUAGUACGGAUUUUGUUAGAUGUUGUGGUAGAAUUGUAAACGAUAUAACGAAACAGAACAGAGCAGCCUUCAUAGAGAAUCCUUAGAUCCUUCUUUCUAAACAUCCUUUAUCCGGAAACUAUAUAUGUAAAUAGCAGUUCGCCUCAACACGAUCCAUAGCGAAUACCAAAAAUGAUUCAUUUUCUUUGAUAAAUUCAACUGUUACUCUCUGUCGUAUAAUUCACCAAAAAGUUUCCACUUGUAGAACUCUUUUCGCAAAACAAAACGAAUAAAUACAAUACAAUUUAUGAGUUAAUGUGGCCAAAAACUUUUCACUUAUCUCGGCUCGUCAACGAGGUAUUACUGUACAUUGAGGCGAAUGCAAAACAUUUUCUAAGAAAAGAAAGAGGGCGUGAAAGUCGGAGAAAGUUAGGGAAGACAUGACACCGUGGCCGUUAUCGGUGGCAACAGAACAACAACAAAUUAUGAAAAAUGAAAAAAAAAAUAACAUAAACAACAGCAUAACAGUAAAAUUUUCAAUGGCGGAAAACGGAAACGGAAAUACAGAACAAGAACAAGAAGAGGAGGUGGGGGAGAAAGAAAAAAUAAAGGAGCAGAGGAACAGUGGAGCCGCUGGCACAAAUUGCGCGCAUAUAUAAUGCAAAUUGUUAUGAAUUAUUGUGUACUUUUGUAAAACUUUUUGAUAUAUAUAAUAUAGUUAACAUGAAUAGAUGCCUAAAUAAUAAUAAAUUAAAUGUUAAUUUAUUUAAAUGUAAACAAUAAAUAGAGAAGGACACUGGAGUAGGCCGGCACGGUUGGGCGCGGGAUUCGGGGGACUGAGUAGGAUCCGCAAAUAGGGUUCACCCUCCCAAAAACCACUCCAUCCCGAUUCCCGGACCACCGAUUCCAGGCACCUUAGAGUAUGUACGAAAAAAUAAAAAAAUAAAUUUUAGGCGUUGGACGAUGCACCGCAAGGAUCUACGUAGACCCUUUUCUGUGGGGAAUACUAAUAAAUACUUUUCGGGAAACGAAUCAAUUUUCAUUGUGCAUAGCGAAACUAGUUGAAUUGUGGUGUGUGUAUGUCAUAUGUGGGUAAAAUCGUAAACCAACCAAAGAUCGUGUCCAUCGGAGAUUAUUAUGCUAAUUGUGAGCAUUACUUAACAGUUGUCAUCUCAUGCGAUCCACAUACGAAAAUUCUAAUUCAAAUCCAGAUCCGAAUCAAUAACCAAUUAGCACGAAUUAUACAAUAAUUUUUGUAAUUGAUUAGCCGCUGCCACACAAACCAAAAACAAAAAAAAAAUAAUAAAAAAUUAAAUACUAAUUAAAAACAAAAAAAUCCGCUGCAGCAGAACAGAAUGUACGGCGGCGAAUGCUAGCAAUUAUUUUUUACAAAAUAAAACCGAAAAAAAUCUAAAAAAAAAUAUUUAAAAUAUGUAAAAAAAAAAGAAAGAUUUUUAAAAACGAAAACAAAAUUGGAAACACAAAAUUCUUUUUAGGCCAAAUGAAAUUACAUAAUUGAGUGCCAGGACAAAAGUGACAAAAUAUAAAAACCGAAGAUGGGAAAAUUUCAAAUGUGUUGUAUUUGAUAUCAUGCAAACAUGCACAGAAAACGAAAUAAUUGCGAAUGAAAGUAAAAAUGGAAAAAGCAAAUAUUAUAAAUGAGAAUUCAUAGCGUCAAGUCAAAUUUAAUUUAAUUAAAUGAAAACAUAGACUAAUUUAAAGGAAAGAAACACAAGCUAGCAAACAAAACCAAAACCAAUCUCCAUAAAAAUUGAAUACUUUAACCAUAGAAAUUCCGAAGGAAAAACGUUUGCCUAGUGACCCAAAAAAAAAAAAAACCAAGAAAAUGAAAACAAUGACAGCCCCCAGAUAAUAGUAAUUUAGUGGGAACUAAUAAGAAAUCUUAAAAUCUAAAAAUCCCACAAGAGACAGCUAAAACUUUAACAAAC